AUGUCAACAUUAUUAUAUAAAUACCCUAACAAGAGAUUAUUGUCUAUGUUGCUUAUCAGUGCUGGGUCUGCGAGUGUUGUUUAUUAUAUUUAUCGUAAUAAAAGUUAUACAAAUAUUCCAGAGGGAAAGAUUCGUAGAUUAGAAAAAAAAGCGGAGCACAUUUAUGAUAAUGUUUCAUCUCAUAUGAAAGAUGCGUAUCAUAAUGGGAAAAAACAAAUCAAUGAUAUUGAAAAAAGUUGUGAAAAAAAGGUUCACGAUUGGAUUGAUCAGGUUGAUACGAAAGUGGAUAAAAUCAAAGAUACAUUAAAAAAUAAAUAA